AUGAAAGUGAUCGCAUUAUUUGCUCUGGUUUGCUUGGCUGUAGCCGUUGCAGAUGAUGCCGAUGAUUAUGAUGAGCUUUUGAAUGAGCACCGAAAAGGACCUUGUGGAGAACACGAAAUUUGGGUUAGUUGCACGUCACCAUGUGUCAUCACUUGCGAAAACCUCAGAAUAGCACAGAUUUGUGAACAAAAAUGUGGCCCCAAAACCUGCGUUUGCGACGAUGAUUACGUAAGACUCACCGAGGGAGGAAAAUGCGUUUUGCGUUCUGAAUGCCCAAGGAAGGAAUUUCAGAUUAAUUUUAUGUCUUGCCAACCAAAAUGUGGAGAACACCAAAUUUUGAGCAAAUGUGUUCCUGAAUGUCCAAAAACUUGUGAAAAUAAAGAUCUUCUACAUGCCUGCAAACCAGAAUGUGGUGCAUUGCCUCAGUGCAUUUGUGAAAUGCAUUAUGUUUUGGAUACGAAGAAAAAUAAAUGCGUUUUGCCAUCCGAAUGUCCAAAAUGA